GUCACACUCACUACACACAAGCACACUUUUGUUUCCUCUCUUUCCUCAUCAGUUUCCCUUUCUCUUUGCAAAUAAUUCACAACCAAUCACAACCCUCCAACAUGGCAACCAGCACACUCACACAAAACACACACACUCACACAAAAUAUCUCUUUCCUUAUUUAUUCCUUCAAACACAACCAUGUUUUCUCUAUAUAUAGCACACACCUUACUCUUCAAUCUCUUAACAAAACUCUCUCUUCAAUACACAAUUUACAUCUCAAAACCAUUUUCCACCCUCUACAUCACUUACAUAUGGUAUUCACUAGUAACAACAACUCUUCCUUUUCAUACUCAAUUUCAUCAAAAGAUUCUUCUUUCCACACAUCAUCACCGGACUCUGAGCUCCGAUUAGCGGCGAGUAGUCCCAAGAAACCGGCAGGGAGAAAGAUAUUCAAAGAAACUCGCCACCCGGUAUACCGGGGUGUGAGGAAGCGGAACUUAGAUAAAUGGGUUUGUGAAAUGAGAGAGCCAAACAAAAAGACUAGAAUUUGGCUAGGAACUUUUCCAACCGCCGAGAUGGCAGCCCGAGCACACGAUGUUGCGGCAAUGGCAUUGAGAGGUCGCUAUGCCUGUCUCAAUUUCGCCGACUCAGUGUGGCGGCUCCCUAUUCCUAUAACCUCUAAUACAAAAGAUAUUCAAAAGGCAGCUACCGAAGCCGCUGAGGCUUUUAGACCAGAAAAGAUUUUAAUGACAAACGACAUUGACACCAUUGACACCGUUGUAGCUGUCAUCGCUGCAAAGGAGCUGAGUAUGUUUUGUGUGGAAGAGCAAGACGACGAAGAACUGUUGAAUAUUCCAGAUUUUUUUAGUAAUAUAGCACUAAUGUCCCCUGCACAUAGUUUUGAGCAUGAGUAUGAAGAAUUCGAAGACUUUCAAGAUGAUGAGGAUUUAAAAAAAAUGGAUGUUACCAUUACCUGUGUUGUGACUAUAAUUGGAAUUCAUUCGCCAGAUUUCACCGUGAUAACAAGGACUGUGGUCGUUGCCGUGUCUGUGAACCCUGCCUUUUUAUGUCUGGUUUAUUGGUUUUCUUCUUGGCGAGGAAAGGCGCAAAAGAAUAAUGAAUGAAACUUGAAUGGUUAUUCUGAAUUUACUACUUAAUCAGACGCUGGUGAUAACCAGCUGCAGCAGGUACAGAAGGCGGCAGCAGAGAAAGAAAAUGCACCUGCAGAACCAAAAAAACAACUAAAUUAACUGCAAAAAUACAAAAUUAAAACUAGCCUAAAAACAUCGAAAGCACGAUAACAGAAUUCCCCCGACCAGAAGGAACCUGUUAUGUUCAAGAGAAAAAAUCCUCAGUAGAGAAAACCAUACCAGAGCAGAAAGCAACACAGCCAGCUGACCGAAGGUAUACAAGAGCCAAAACUUUAACUGCACACUAACGCCAUACCUACACGCAAACCACAAUUAUAUCGACAGGCACAAAAUUUCCACGAUAAAUCCUUGAUUUCAUCUACUGUUUUAAUCGCUGCACAUGGCUCACUCGGGAAAAAAAAAAUCCAUUCCUUUUCUUCCUUAUCACUGAAAUGCAUAUAACAUAAUAAGCAGUCAUUUACGAACUUUUCUGUUUUCCCCGGCGACUGACAUCAUUGCUACGAGCAAGAUAAAAUCUGAUGGUAAGGUUCCCAUCAAAUGAAAGAAUUUACCACCUAAGCAUGCACUUGGACACCACCUUAUUAUGAUCUUUUCAGUUUUCAUGAGUAGGUUUUAUUGAGGCCUAUACUCAACCACAAAAGCUAGCUUGAGAGUUGAGGUUUGCACUACACUUAUAAAGGCUAUCUUUACCAUAUCUCUAGCCAAUGUGGGACUUCUAACACACCCCCUCACGUCCAGAACUGAACAAGCUGGAACGUGAAAUCAACAACAACGGGUGGCCCAAAUAUGGGAGGUCUCCACAACAAACAACAAAUGGAUCUAGGAUAGGCUCUGAUACCAUAUUAGAAUUUAUGAGGCCUAUACUCAACCACAAAAGCUAGCUUGAGAGUUAAGGUUUGCACUACACUUAUAAAGGCUAUCUUUACCAUAUCUCUAGCCAAUGUGAGACUUCUAACAGGUUUCUUUAUAUCUUCCUUGAAGGGCAAGGUAUUGUAAAAAGGAAUUACAUGUAACAAUGUAUUUACUUUAUAGUUUUUAUUAUGUGUUUUACAUUAUAUUUUCCAUUUAUGUUGUGGGUUUACUUAUUGAGGCAUUGAAAUUGUUUUUGGUCCAAUAAUAUCUUUAGUCUUCUCACUUCAAUGACGUAUUGGCAAUAUACCAGUCAUAAUUGAAGUACCAAAAUAUGCAUUUGUAAAAGAAAAUAUAUAAUUUUUUUAAAA